CAUCCACAUCAUCCACAACAUCCACAACAUCCACAUCAUCCACAACAUCCACAACAUCCUCAACAUCCACAACAUCCACAACAUCCACAACAUCCUCAACAUCCACAACAUCCACAACAUCCACAUCAUCCACAUCAUCCUCAACAUCCUCAACAUCCUCAACAUCCACAUCAUCCACAUCAUCCA